AUGCUUCUGCUGACGGCAUCGGCCGUGAUCAACCUCGCUUCAGGCAUAUAUCAAUCUGUGGACGCCAAGGAGGGUGGAUCCAAGGUUGAGUGGGUGGAGGGCGUGUCGAUUAUCGUCGCUGUGGUGAUCAUAACAUUGACCGGUGCGAUUAAUGACUUCCAGAAAGACCGAAAAUUCGAAAAGCUCAAUCGCAAGACGGACGAACGCGACAUCACGGUGUUUCGACCUAGUAAUCCUCAACGCAUUCCGAUCCAAGACAUCCUCGUGGGAGAUGUGGUUCACCUCGAGACUGGAGACGUCGUCCCUGCCGAUGGGGUUCUGAUAGACGGGUUCAGCAUUCAAUGCGAUGAGUCGUCGUCCACCGGAGAAUCCGACCUGAUCUCGAAGAUUCCCGCCACCCAUGUUACGGCAAAAAGCCUCUCAUCCUGCGGUCCGUUCAUUCUCAGCGGUAGCAAGAUUGCCAGCGGGGUGGGAACAUUCCUGGUUACAUCGGUCGUGCCAAGCUCCAGCUACGGGCGAAUCUUGAUGUCUCUGCAUGCCGAACCGGAAGAAACCCCAUUACAGCACAAACUAGGGGUGCUGGCAAAAUACACAAUAGAUGGCGGACUAUUGGUUGGUGGCGUGUUCUUUCUCAUUUUGUUCAUCCGUUUCUUGGUGGACCUGAAGAAUAUCGAGGGCGGAGGUAAAGCGAAAGGAGAAGAGUUCUUGGAUAUCUUGAUUCUGGCCAUCACCGUCGUGGUAAUUGCGGUGCCAGAAGGACUUCCACUCACAGUCACUCUAGCCCUUGCGUUUGCCACGACCAGGAUGCUGAAAGAUCAGAACUUGGUUCGACUCCUGCGCUCCUGCGAGGUUAUGGGGAACGCCACGUCCAUCUGCUCGGACAAAACAGGCACCUUGACACAGAAUCGAAUGACGGAUAAAGAGAGCUCACCCGAUCGGGAUAAAGCCAUAAUACCGCCUGCGGCGAAUGUGGUGGCGUCCUUGCCUCACCCAUUCAAACAAGUGAUUAAAGACUCUAUCCUCUUGAACUCGACUGCCCAAGACAAGAGCACGGAAAAUGGAAUGGAGAUAUCGGGAUCAAGCACCGAAGUGGCACUCGUCAACUUUGCCACAAAGCACUUUGAUAUCAGCAACCUGAGCUCUGAAAGAGCACGGUUGGAGAUAGUUCAGUUGUAUCCCUUCAACGCAGACAAAAGGUACUUCCGAAUGUUCUUGAAAGGAGCCCCUGAGAUCGUGCUGGACCUCUGCACCCAACAAGGGCUGGCAGAUUCGAUCAGCGAGUAUUCUAGUCAAUCUCUCCGUUCAAUCGCAACUGCCUAUCGCGAUCUUGAGUCUUGGCCUCCAGAGAACACUCACUCACCGGGGUCCGAGCCGUCCUUCAACAGCGUUGUCCAUGAUAUGGUCUUCCUUAGCCUGUUUGCCCUUCAAGACCCCCUAAGACCAGAAGUUGCGGCCUCGGUUCGCGAUUGCCAGACAGCUGGUGUACGUGUUCGAAUGGUCACGGGGGAUAAUUUUCUCACGGCAAAGUCCAUCGCUCAGGAAUGUGGAAUCUAUGGUCCCGGAGGAAUCGCCUUGGACGGGCCCACUUUUCGCAAGCUGUCAACUGCCCAGAUUAACUUGUUAUUACCCAGGUUGCAAGUACUCGCCCGCUCUAGCCCGGAGGACAAGCUUAGACUUGUAACCCAUCUCAAAGGACUAGGGGAGACCGUUGCGGUGACGGGUGACGGGAUUAAUGAUGCCCUGGCUCUGAAAGCCGCAGAUGUCGGAUUUGCGAUGGGAAUUGCAGGAACUGAAGUAGCCAAGGAGGCUUCAUCGACUAUCCUCAUGGAUGACAAUUUUGCGUCAAUUGUUAAAGCCCUUCUCUGGGGUAGAGCCGUCAAUGAUGCCGCUAGGAAGUUUCUCCAGUUCCAAUUCACAAUCAACUUGACGGCCGGAGUACUGACCAUGAUCACUGUUCUGGUGGGCGGAACGAGUGCGUCUGUAUUCACCGUGGUUCAGUUACUCUGGAUCAACCUGAUCAUGGACACCUUUGCUGCCUUGGCUCUAGCAACCGAUUAUCCUACCAAAAGUCUCAUCUACCGGACCCCUGAGCCAAGAAACUCCUCCAUUGUCAAUAUUUCCAUGUGGAAAAUGAUCACCGGGCAAUGUAUAUACCAGCUCGUCGUGAUAUUCGUUCUUCACUAUGCAGGGCAAUCCCUCUUCGGCUAUCACACCGAACAACAGCAAGCGCAAUUACAAACAAUGAUAUUCAACAUUUACCUUUGGAUGCAGUUUUGCAAUAUGUUCAACUCUCGCCGGGUUGACGCUGGAUUCAACUUUCUGGAAGGCCUCCUUCGAAACCCGGCUUUUUUCUUCGUCCAGUCUGUCAUCGCUGCUGGUCAAAUUGUUAUUAUUUUCAAAGGUGGAAAAGCCUUUGGAACUGAGCCACUAACUGGUGCGUAG